AUGUCUUUCCCUGGCCGGGCCUGUGACUUUCCCGUGAUCGGCACAUCGGAUCGCGAUGGAAUGGAUCUUGAAGAGGAGGACACCGAGUCCCUGGCGGCCGCUUUAUCGGAUGCCCGUGCUGCGGCGGAGCGGCAGACGCGCCUGGCGGAGCAAGCCAAUCGACGAGUGCAGGAAUUGGAGCAGGAGCUGCAAGAGGUUGAAGAACACGUCGCAGGCCUGGAAGAUGAGCUUCGCAAGUCGCAGGGCCAAGCAACGCGCCUGGCAUCCGAGAAGCUGCUGCUCAAGGAGCAGGUGUCCCACUUGGAACGCGACCUGCGCAGCGUCGCGGCCGAGGAGGGAGGGCGUGAGGAGGUGACGAUGCGAAAGAAGCUGGGCCGUUGCAAGACGGACGGCAACGACGGGCUGCGAGAUUUGGACUCGGCCAAGGAAGCCCAACUCACUGCAGAGAUGGCCUUGGACGCUGCCAAGCGCGAGCAUGAUGAGGUGGUGAAGGUGAAAGACGCCGAGUUGGAGAACCAGAGGU